CCUACCAGGACUUCCUCCGAGAGUAUUUAUUCUAGACCGGGCUCCAGUAUCCCUGGCUCACCAGGUCAUACCAUCUAUGCAAAAGUAGACAAUGAAAUCCUGGAUUACAAGGAUUUAGCAGCCAUUCCCAAGGUUAAGGCAAUUUAUGACAUUGAACGUCCAGAUCUUAUUACCUACGAGCCUUUCUACACAUCGGGCUAUGAUGACAAGCAGGAGAGACAGAGCCUCGGAGAGUCUCCAAGGACUUUGUCUCCUACUCCAUCAGCAGAAGGGUACCAGGACAUUCGGGACCGGAUGAUCCACCGGUCCACUAGCCAGGGCUCCAUCAACUCCCCUGUGUACAGCCGCCACAGUUACACUCCAACCACGUCUCGCUCUCCCCAGCAUUUCCACAGACCUGGCAAUGAGCCGUCCAGCGGCCGAAACUCCCCUCUCCCUUACCGGCCAGACAGCCGCCCUCUAACUCCAACUUACGCUCAGGCCCCUAAACAUUUCCAUGUUCCAGAUCAAGGAAUCAACAUUUACCGAAAACCACCCAUCUACAAACAGCAUGAUGCAGCUGCCUUGGCAGCCCAGAGCAAGUCUUCAGAAGAUAUCAUCAAGUUUUCCAAGUUCCCAGCAGCCCAGGCUCCAGACCCCAGCGAGAUACCAAAGAUUGAAACGGACCACUGGCCUGGUCCCCCCUCACUUGCCGCCGUAGGAACUGACACAAGACGCAGAUCUAGUGGCAGAGAGGAAGAUGAUGAGGAACUUCUGAGACGCCGGCAGCUUCAAGAAGAGCAAUUAAUGAAGCUUAACUCAGGCUUGGGGCAGUUGAUAUUGAAAGAAGAGAUGGAGAAGGAGAGCCGGGAAAGGUCAUCCCUGUCAGCCAGUCGCUACGAUUCUCCCAUCAUCUCAGCUUCACAUGCUCCGUCAUCUAAAACUUCAUCUCUCCCUGGUUACGGGAAAAAUGGGCUUCACCGGCCUGUUUCUACGGACUUCGCCCAGUAUAACAGCUACGGGGAUGUCAGCGGAGGAGUGCGAGAUUACCAGACCCUCCCGGAUGGCCACAUGCCUGCCAUGAGGAUGGACCGUGGCGUGUCCAUGCCCAACAUGUUGGAACCAAAGAUAUUCCCAUAUGAAAUGCUCAUGGUGACCAACAGAGGGCGCAACAAAAUCUUAAGGGACGUGGAUAGAACCAGGCUGGAGCGCCACUUAGCCCCAGAAGUGUUUCGAGAAAUCUUCGGAAUGUCCAUUCAGGAGUUUGACAAGUUACCUCUUUGGAGACGCAAUGACAUGAAGAAAAAAGCAAAACUCUUCUAAAUCCCACAUGUACAUGGCAAUGAGGAAAAGGACUGGCAAUGAUGGUGACACAUAGGCUGUCAUAUUAAGGCCCAAACUUGAUUGAAAAAUGUGUAAAUACCAUCCCUUGGCAACAGCAGUAAGGGAACGUCUGGUUAAAACACCCAUGAGCCAAAUAUUGGGCCAACCAAUAGGGACACUUGCCAAGAAACAACGGGGUAGCAAUUUCUAUGUCCCCAAGCUAACAGUAGUGCCCACAUGUGACUUUGUACUUCGCCGUAUGUACCCAACAGGAGCUCCCUUCUUCCUUCUUUUGUUUUCCUUUACUGUUGUCCAGCACUAGUGCUAACCGUAUGGAAACGAGCCAGCAAGUGCCCUUAGGAUGCCGCGUGGGAAAAACAGCUGCGAUGUCUCCAAAGUUGAAUAUAUUUAUUAUCUAGCACUGUGGCUAACAAGGAAGAGCCUGAGGGGGCGUGUCCACGUGGUAGCAGCAAUUUUGCACACAGGUUUUUCCCUGCUGGCUUCACGCAGCUCUGUCUGCACCCUGGCAAGAGUGGAAAUUAGAGCCAGGGAACCAGGCGGACCUAUCAGCCAAUGGAAUUUUUAACAAGCUUUUGGCUCUCUACCAUUCAUAGGGACCUGGUUGGCAGAUGACUUAGCUGCUAUUAAAGAAAAGAAAAAUGAGCAAACGAGAAGGAACAGGAAUGAAAGGAAACUUCCUGGGACUUUUGUUCUGCUUUAGAUAGUGUGCUUAAUGCUGACUCUGUGGACAGGAGCUCUCCUGGGCUCCACCUUUGCAAAGAAAGGAAAGAAAGGAAAGAUAGGAGCUAUCUCCAGAUUGGCCCAGUCGCAUGCUAUCAGGUGACUUUUGCCCAAGGGCCUUAUCCCUCUUGGAAAAAAGUGAGAGAGGACAUUCUGCGUCCUGUCAAUGCAGAGCCUUCCACUUGGUGUCCUCUGCUCUCUAUCUGGCAUCCUAUGAAUCAUAUCAAGCCCACACUGAUUUUGUUUUAAGGUCUUUUUCUGUAAUAGGCUAAGGAAAGGCACCUUUUUCUCUUUCGUAUUGCUGCAACUCCAAAGUAGAUAGUCUCAAACAGCUUUAAUUCGGCCUUUUCAGCUUUCCUUCUUGCCUAGCACUAUUGAAUUCAUGGUGUGUGUGUGUGUGUGUGUGUGUGUGUGUGCGUGUGCGCGU